AUGUCUGAUAUCAACACCACACUCAUAAACUCUGUCAGAAAAAUUGAAAUUGAUAUUGCUGAAAUAAAGCAAAUGGUACGCAUACUUCAAGAUCAGUUUAGCAAACAAUUUGCCCCAACUGUAAGCGCAGAAGACCUUAGUACAAUGCAACAAAGCAUCAUUGAACAAAGUGCUCUUGAAUGUGUUGCUGAGUCUGUGAAAAGGUCUCAAUUCACCGAGUAUCCUGACCAGCUUGACAAGCAAGUAAUUAGCACAGGUGGCAAUUUCAAAGGGAAAAACGAAGCCCAGAAAUACAAUUUGUUGUUGCAGUUGCUUCAUGAACAAGACUGGAAAGCAUGCUGCAAAGAAAUUCCGGGAGGACAACCUUUGCCUCAACUAGUACUUCUUUUGGACAGCAAUUUGACAAUGAAGCGACUACAGCUUAAGACUUUGAGUCGUAGCAUCAAGCAUGACCUGCUUGACAAGGUCUUUCCUGCUUUCAGUAAAGAAUGGAAAAGUAUCCUGGCAAAGCACUGGAAGUACUACAUGAUGCAAUUGGAGAGACUGGCAAAGGAUAGCAGCUUUGCUAUUUACAAAUGCAAGAGCAUGUGGUAUGUAAAAAGCCUUCUCUGGGGAAGCUUCAAAAGUGACAACCAGAAGCAAAAAAAAAGAAUGGUAGAGAAGAACAACGCACAGCAAGAUGCAAAUGAUUCUUCAUUAUCUUCUGAUAAUAUGUCAGAAAUGAAUGGUGACAAGUUGCCUAUUAUGGUGGAUGUGCUGUCUCCUCUGGCAGAAAUAAGUGUUAAGCCAGCACACAAGAGAAGCCGAAGAUCAUAG